GCUGGGAGGGGAAAACUCCCUCCCGCUCGCGAACAACUGCUCAGGAUUCACUCUGAGCGCAGCAGAGAAGAGGGAGAUAUAUAUAAAUAUCUCUCCUCUCUCAAGGAUUUACAAUCGGGAAACAAUUUCAGGUUGUUUUAUUUUUUUUUUCUCACAAAUGGAUUAAGACGCACAUCUGGAACCCCAGAGAUGAGUGGGUGGGAGCAGCCUUGACGGGAUAAGUGGAUAAAAGUUUCCAGCAGUGAUCCCUCCGCAGAUAUCUCGCUUGACUCACUGCAGGUGGGGAUUUAAGACGACCGGGAGACAACUUUCUAGACUCCUGCGGCACCUGCUCGGCACGGAAAUUGCUUCCCGGUUUCCUCCAACGGGGGACGUUGUUUGUGUGCGAUCAAAACACAGCUUUAAAAAGCUUGUAAUUAUGCUCUGACCCUCAUCGUCUGUGCUUCUGGAGCUGCGUGGCUGAGCGUGGCGAGGUGGGGGAGUUUUCCUCCAGAUUCAGGAUUAGAGAAGGUGCAAGAGAGAGCCGGGACUCUUCCAGCAGUCGUACCGCACUUCAUUUCUCUGAUCGAGCGGCAGCAAUGGCCUCGGACUUCUUCUUGGGGCUGUCGUGGCUCCCCGGCGGGAUGAAGGUGCAGCCGGUGUCCCAGAGACGGACCAGGUCCUCCUCCACCCUGCUGCUGCUGCUGCUGCUGCUGCUCUUCCUCUCGCUGUGGAGCCAGCAGGCCGAGGCCGCCGUCCACUCCAGCUUCCGCCGGCUCAGCGGGCGCGAGAAGAAGGAGAUGCAGAAGGAGAUCCUGAGCCUGCUGGGCCUGUCGGGGCGACCCCGACCCCACCCGCCGCUGCGGCCGCCCUCCUCCGCGCCGCUCUUCAUGCUGGAUCUGUACCACGCCAUGUCGGUGGACGACGAGGACAAAGGGAAUGAGAUCAUCGUGAACGGACCCGGCGCCGGGCGGUUCGGCGUGGGACCGCAGGCGCUGCCGACCCUCAGCAUGCACACGCCGCCGCUGGGCACCGUGGUCAGCGAGGCCGACACCGUGAUGAGCUUCGUCAACCUGGUGGAGCAGGAGCGCGACCUCCUGCAGCCUCGUCCGUACUGGAAGGAGUUUCGCUUCGACCUGACCCCCCUCCCUCAGGGCGAGGCCGUGACGGCGGCAGAGUUUCGGAUCUACAAGACGCUGACGGUUGGCCAGAGGGUGAACCGAACUCUGCACAUCUCCGUCUACGAGAUCCAGCGAGAAAACAACCACAGAGAGCCGGAGCUGGUGCUUCUGGACAUGCAGUCGAUCCCUGCAGGACAGGAGGGUUGGCUGGCCUUCGACGUCACCUCGGCCUCCAAUCACUGGCUCCUGCAUCCUCGCAGCAACCUGGGCAUCCGCCUCUACGUGGAGACCGAGGAAGACCGCUCCCUGUCUGCAGGCUGGAUCGGACUGGUGGGCCGCAAGGGCCCUCGCUCCAAGCAGCCCUUCAUGGUGACCUUCUUCAGGGAGAACCAGGUGCCCUGUCGGCCGCCGCGGGCCGUCAAGAUGCCGUCCAAGAAGAAGAAGCCUAAAUACGACCUCCCGGUGCCCAGCAUCAACAAGCAGAGCUCUGCAGUCAAAGGAGGUCAGCCCUGCAAAAAACAUGAGCUCUACGUCAGCUUCAGCGAUCUGGGAUGGAAGGACUGGGUUCUGGCUCCCACCGGAUACUCGGCGUACUACUGCGACGGCGAGUGUUUACAUCCUCUGGGGUCCUGCAUGAACGCCACCAACCACGCCGUCAUCCAGCAAGUGGUCCACCUCCUGAAGCCCGACGAGGUCCCCAAGGCCUGCUGCGCCCCGACGAAGCUCAGCCCCAUAUCCGUCCUGUUCUACGACGACAACAACAACGUCAUCCUGAAAAAGCAUCGCAACAUGGUGGUGAAGACCUGUGGGUGUCUAUGAGAGCGGAUCAGCUUCAGCUCCAGAGUCCAGUUCAAACUAGAAACAUCACGCAGACAUGAGCUUUGCAGAAUAUGCAGGAACCUGGAUAUCAAACGCGUCACAAAUCUUGGACGGCUCUGUGUUCAGGCGCUGAUUUAAUGGUCAGAUUUUUAAGAGUCCAAAUGUGCACUUUAAUUGAAAGGUAAACAGUUGAAACACGUGCAGGUUUAGAGCGUUUCAGAAUCAGUGCUGUUCUUGGUUUAAUAUCCACCUUGAACGUUUAAACGUACGUUAUUAUCCUCCGACAUCAAGUCUUACAGCCACUGUGUAGUAAUACCACUUCUGACCACAUGGGGGAAGCAUAUCACAGGGGUUUAUUGUCUUAAAGCGAGGGCUGGCACAUGAAGGUCGCCUCUAGUGGGACAAACUGGUAUUACAAGACACGCUCGCCCAUUCCCACUCCAACCAGUCCUGUCAGUGGCUCUUGUGUGCCCCCAUGUGGUCAGGAGUGGUACAGUAAUCCCUCAUUUUUCCCGGGGGUUACGUUCCAAAAAGAACCCAUGAUACAAUUAUUAUACAAGGCUUCAAAUUGCGGAGAUAAGCACCGCGACCCAAGUUAUUGGAUUUGAACAGGAGAAUCGGUGCAGAACGUUUUGUCGACAUUAUGGGUUUUGGAGAAAAUUUGCAAACUUAAAUUUGGAAAGCCGUUUUACGUACCUGACCUGUACAGUACAUAUUACACUGUAACGUUAUUGACACACAGGAAGUGAAGAAGCAGGGAGACUGUUUAGUCAAUCAGAAUGCAGAACACAACACAUUCUGAUUGCGUUAUAGCGAGGGAUUACUGUAUUGCUGCAUAGAGCAGUUUUAACAAUACCAGUUUGCCUUCAUAAAGGCUCUCAAUCGGAAUUUGCAAAGCAGGUUUGCAUUCUCAAUCCAUUUUAUAAAUAUCAAAACCAUUCUUAAUGCGAAGGACAACAGCGUAAACUAAUGUGUGCAGCAGAAAGUGUCUCUACUCCCAUGCUGCACCCUGACUGCAAAUAGGAAGCAACAGUUAAUUAAUGUAAUUAAAUUAAUGAUUAGCUCAUCACUGACGCUUAGACGUUACCGUUUCCUCUCAGAUUUAACAGACUGGACACUAAACACGGAGGUCAAAGUUUCCGUAGGUGAACGUCAUCCUGCUUCCUAACUCCCGGUGCCACUGGCACUUAGAUUUCCUGACCAUCAAAACCCAAAGAAUAAGCUCUGAACCAGCACUGGACCUGCCUCCGCUCAAGAGGGUCUUCACGUUCACAAUGUUCCAAAGCUCAAUGUUAGUCCGAGUUACAGAAGCUGCAUCCUCGGACCGGGAAGGCAAAUGAUUCGGAGUGGUAUAUAAAUGCCAUUUGUGAUGCCUCUUUUUUCUUUUCUUUUUUAAAUAACAUAACAGCACUAUUUUUGUAGUAAGUGGACAUUAUACAAUUGUAUUCAAUAAAUUAAAAAUGCAUGUUCUUUAUUUACAAAAUGGACUGUAAAUACAAUCAAGUCUAAUUUGCUAAAUUAGUUUGGUCGUAAAUGAACCCUGUACGUACAAAAUGUAAUAAAUUGUGAAACUGAA